AUGCAAGGCGUCCAACGCUACGGGGACGGCGGAAUAAGGCUAGAAUUGACUUCCACCAACACCUCUCCACUGGCCAUAGACGUGGCGGAGUCGACGGAGAUGCGUAUCCAGCGCCUAAUCUCUGAAAACCCGGUGAUCAUCUUCAGCCGCUCUUCGUGCUGCAUGUGCCACGUCAUGAAACGGCUGCUCUCCACCAUCGGAGUGCACCCCACCGUCAUCGAAUUGGAGGAGGACGAAAUUGGUGCUCUCAAUAACAACCAGGUAGCCGACUCCGCCCCAGAAGGCGGCGAUGGCGGCGGCGGAAGUGGAGGUGCACCGGCGUUGUACAUAGGAGGUGCGCUUGUUGGUGGGUUUGAAAGUCUCGUGGCACUCCAUUUGAGCGGUCACCUCGUACCUAAGCUUGUUGAAGUUGGUGUUCUUGAAAAUAAUACGGUAUUGUAA